AUUGUGGAGGUGAGGCUGUCGGGUUACCCUUGCCUCCUCAUUGCUGCAGUCUGUCUGUGACCUGGAACACGCGUGCUUCACUGACACGCUGUUGAGAAAGCGUGGCAGUGCCGUAUGUGUGAGAAACACGCAGUGACCGGCGUUGUCGUGGAGGGAAAGAGGUAGUGAGUGGCGGCGGUCAGCUGUUCUGUGAGGCGGCGCUCCCUGCAGCAACAGGUGGAACAGUUACUUGUCGUAUCCUGUAGUUGAGAUUGUUGGCAAAAAAUGUUUGGCAGUUGAAGGAUGAGCAAGAAAUGGCUGACUUGAAACAUUCAUCCUGAUAAUUUGAACAUUAAAGAAAUGCAUGAAGUCCUUCAACUUGUGGAAUGUAACCCAACAGACUACAACCUGAAUGGAGAUGAAAUGAACAUACUAAUUCAUCAGAAAAAUAUGACUCGCCUUUGCUCACCAGUGUGGGACAUAAAGCAUGGAAUCAAGAGCUAACAGUGCAAUAAGAAAACUGAGUUGAUUGAAGGUUUUACUGGUGUGGUGACAAAAAUGUGUAAGAAUUAAUGGACUAACAGUUGAAGUGUUUGACCUAGGAAAUGUAAAUUUGGUGAAGGGUUGUGUCACUGAGCUGGCACAGAGGAAGGGAGUGUAGAUUGUGGCAAAAUGAUGACCGAGAAGAUGUGGAGUCGCUUGCACUCUUUGUAUCACAAGGUGGUGGGGGGAGCAGUUGGCCUCUCAGAAGCUGGACAACAGCCUGAGGCUGCUGGCAGACAGAAGCUGCUGGAUUCUGUGGCAGUGAAGCUGAAGGGAAGAUGGUUCCAUCCCAACGUCUCGGGCCUGGUGGCGGAGGUCCUGCUGAAGGACCGAGGCAUCGAGGGGUCCUUCCUGGCCCGGCCCUCCAAGUCCAAUCCUGGCGACUUUACGCUCUCCGUGCGGCGGAAUGGGGAGGUCACACACAUCAAGAUCCAGAAUAUGGGAGACUUCUAUGACCUGUAUGGCGGGGAGAAGUUUGCCACUCUGGCAGAGCUGGUGCAGUACUACAUGGAGAACCAGGGUCAGCUGAGGGAAAAGAAUGGAGAAGUAAUUGAACUCAAGUAUCCCCUCAACUGUGCUGACCCCACCACAGAGAGAUGGUUUCAUGGUCACCUUUCUGGACGAGAAGCUGAGAAGCUUAUCCUUGAGAAAGGGAAGAAUGGAAGCUUUCUGGUGCGAGAGUCCCAGAGCAAGCCGGGUGAUUAUGUUUUAUCUGUCCGCACAGAUGACAAGGUCACCCAUGUCAUGAUCAGAUGUGUGGAAAAUAAAUAUGAUGUUGGAGGAGGAAGAAAAUUCGACACACUCAGUGAACUUGUGGAGCAUUACCGGAGGAAUCCAAUGGUGGAGCAAUCUGGCACUGUGGUUCCUCUCAAGAUGCCCUUUAACGCCACCCGGAUCAACGCCCGUGGCAUUGAUAGUAGAGUGCGAGAACUUUCGAAGGAACACCAGGGGCCUGCCAUGGGGAAAGCAGGAUUCUGGGAGGAGUUUGAGUCUCUGCAACAACAGGAGUGCAAGCAACUCUACUCACGAAAGGAAGGACAAAAGCCAGAGAAUCGCAACAAAAAUCGCUACAAGAAUAUUCUACCCUUUGACCACACCCGAGUUAUUCUGCGAGACACAGAUCCAGGAAUUCCAGGCUCAGACUAUAUCAAUGCCAAUCUUAUAAGUAGUGAAGAAGAUCUUGGGAUUGAAGGCAAGACCUACAUAGCAACACAAGGCUGCCUGCCCUCUACACUAGCAGAUUUCUGGUGGAUGGUUUGGCAGGAGAACACAAGAGUGAUUGUUAUGACAACCAAGGAAGUGGAGCGUGGCAAGAACAAGUGUGGACGAUACUGGCCUGAAGAAGGUUCCAGCAAAGAUUAUGGCCGCAUUACAGUCCGCAACAUUUCUGAGAGUUCAAACAACGACUACAUUCUUCGAGAAUUUCUGGUUGUCAAUGACAAUAAAGAUAACCAGUCAGAAAGGAAAAUAUUUCACUACCAUUUUACAGCUUGGCCAGAUCAUGGUGUCCCAUCAGACCCUGGCUGUGUCCUCAAUUUCCUGCAUGAUGUAAACAAACGACAAGAGGAUAUUCCCUCGGCUGGACCAGUAGUAGUACACUGCUCUGCUGGGAUUGGACGUACAGGGACCUUUAUUGUGAUUGAUAUGAUUCUUGACCAGAUCAAAAGACAAGGUCUUGACUGUGAAAUAGAUAUCCAGCGUACCAUACAGAUGGUGAGAUCCCAACGCUCAGGAAUGGUACAGACGGAAGCCCAGUAUAAGUUUGUAUAUUUGGCUGUGCAGCAUCACAUAGAAACAGUUCAGCAACGCAUCUCAGCAGAACAGAAGAGCCUGCAGUUGGGGAGGGAGUACACAAAUAUCAAGUACAGCAGUGAGGCUGCAGGAGGAAUUGAAAUGGGGAAAUCCCUUUCCCGAUCAACCAUCUCUCUUCCCACUACUCCCUCCACCACUCCACGUGAUCCCAAGCGGCCCAUGUCCACUGCUACUCUUCCCAAGACACAGUCAGAGAACCACUUACCAAGGCCUCCUGAUGAACUCCCGAAACAGAUUUAUGAAAACGUUCCUCCGGCUGUGAAAGAGAAGAAGACGAAAUCAGCAACUAUGUCCCCAAGUACCCCCACCUCUCCUACCUUCCCAACUCCCCCCAUGGGUUUCUCUGCAGCAGGAACUGGAUCUACCUUUCCUUCCCCUGCUGCUGCUCCCCGUCCCUCCAUGCCACCCCGUGCCACUUGACAGGGGAGUUCAGAGUAGAAAGAGCAUCUCUUAAAAGACUUUUACUUGCAUUGCACAAGCUGUUUCUUUUUGCUUCCUAAGAUUCACCAUGUGUAAGAGCCUCCAGUAGGGAAGGAGUCCUUUACAAGAUGGGUGAGUGGCCAACCACAUCUAGACCUUUCUGCUCUGAACAAGGAUUGAGAACUCCCAGAAUUUAGGAUUAACCUUUUGUACAAAUAAAUAAAGGCUGGACCUAGAGACAAACAUGGAAAGGAGAUACAGCUCUACUUUUGUUGAAAAAAGGGAAAAAAAAAAAAAAAAAAGAAAGAAAGAAAGAAAAAAAGUUGACUUUUAUCAUUAUCAGUGUCUCCUUUAGCCUGAUGCAGACUGCAUAGCUAGUCAACUGCAUUUCUCUAAUAUUGGAAUAUCACAUAAUUUUGACCUUGGGAGAGCAAUGAAUGCAUUGAUAGCUAGAGUUUGCUGUUAAUUUUACCUGAGAUUAUAACUCUGAGUGAUCAUCAUUGCCUGUAAUCUCUAGAAGGCAUACCUACUAAGUGGUGUGGCUACAACAACCACACAGAGAUUAAAUAUGUCAUUAUGACUGCAGAGAUAGGCAUUUUACAGUCAGUUAUAUAUUGCAUGAAAAUGUGUGUGCUUACUGUUAAAUCAUUACAUUACAAAAUCAUUUCCUUACACAUUUCAUAUGUUACAUGUAAUUGCAUUACAUUCAUAUACCACUGUGCAUGUCAUGGGUGUAGUGGGGUAGGAGGGGAAGGAAAUCCAUAAGGUAUCUAGCUUGCAUUACAUGUAUGGGAUUAGUUCUGAUGGAAUCACUUGGUAUCAUAAGUUAAAACUGGAUGGAAUCAAAUUACUUUGGAUUUUCAAUUACCCAUCUUCACACAAAAGUUUCACCAGAGCUAUUGAUAUGAAUGUUACAAAUGAUUAGCCUUAGAUAGGUUAGACAAGGAUGAACUUAGAAUUAUUUCAAGGUACAUUUGUUUUGAAUGGAAGUAACUUUGCUUCCAAAACUUGCAGAAAUACUUUAAUUUUUAUCUUCAUUGUUAUUCCUGCUGCUUGGAUUUUCAGAAUCUAAAUAUAUGGAUGUCUUUUAAUUCAGACAAAUGUGCAUAUGAAUUGAGCAAAAACAAAUAUUCAUAAUCUUUUCUGCAAAUAUAAAUCACUACCUUUUUAACUUCAGCAGAGACAAAACUACAAUAAUAAAAAACUAAGCAAACAUAUCAAAUAUCAACGAAGCAGUAAAUAAUAAGAAAAAAAUCUUAUUGAAAGUACUGCUGGAUGAUCCCAAUAAAUAAAUAACACUUAACAGUGGUUGAAGUGAGUGGUUAAUUACUUUUGUGUUUACAACAUAUAAUUUUCAUGUGAUGUAGAAAUAUGCAUCAUAAACCAAUAUUAUUAUAUUAAUGCACUAAUAAAUUUUACCAGAAGGUAAUGGUUGAUUGAGGGAUUGAUCUAAUGUAAAAUCAAAAGCACUAGACAUAAAUAAAAUCCUAAAUAACAAACUGUAUAGUUCUGGCAUUUAAAAUUAAUUUAAAUGAGAGAGAGAGAGAGAGAGAGAGAGAGAGAGAGAGAGAGAGAGAGAGAGAGAGAGAGAGAGAUACCAUUGUUAAUGUGGUUAUUAAUGUUGGCUUUUCUCUUCUUGUUUUAUAAAUGGUAAAAAGUUACUUCCAAUGAAGAAUAUUGGCUGGAAAACCAUGUGAUUCCACUCAGGUAUGUUACUUAUAGUUUCAAAGGAUAUAUAAAAAUGUUGGUUUAGUCUCUUCUGCUUUUAUGUGAUGAUGAAAUGGACACUGUAAAUUACCAUAUUUACUUUAUAUUUGGGAAAUUGUUGUCAAGAUACAUGAGAAAUACAUUGUUAUGCAAGUUUCAAAAGAAAACUAAACUUUAUUGUACACUGUGAUCAUCUUUAAGGGUACAUUUAGGAAAUUAUUGGUAUACUGUAAUGGAUUCAACAUUGCACUUGACUAUCCUAUAAUGACAAGUUAUGUAUGUACAUUUAUAGAAGGAGGGCACAACAAAACGGCAUUAAAUGUUCAUGCAGUAAAAUGUACACACAAGUUACAUCAAAAUACAAAACCAUAGGUAAUAAUUACUAACAAUAUGAAAAAAAAAAUUCAACAUAAAAACUCUCUGAUGGAAUAGUUAGAGUGUGACAGAAAAGGACUGGCCAUCAGUGUGGUCUGCACUCUUCAGGAUUUUCACAAAUCAGAAAGCUAGACAAGCAGUAAGUCCUCUUUACUUUUUAAAUUAGCUACAUUUUGAUGCAUUCAUGACAUUCAUUACGUCACUGAUGGUUUUUUGCAAGAUUGUAAAAUGAAUUAAUUAUACAUUUUUUUUCAAUUGUGAUGUAUAUCCAUUACAAAUAUUACUCAAUGCAAUGCCAUUACAUGUAAUGUUUCUGUACAUCUCUGCUUCAAAGAAUCAAUGCUUCUCAAUGUCACUUUUCAAGACUUCACUUUUAUUUACUGAUGCUUAUACAUUCCAAAAUAAAAAAAAUAUGGGUUCUGUUUCUCAACCCACUCUAGUGAGAUGAGUUAUUUUCGGGAUCUGUUUUAGGAAUUCAGAAUUGAUAGAACUGUUGCAUAAGAUGAAUUCCAUUCAUAAUCACUCCCAGGGGAUGCCUAAAAGCCUAAAGACAUAUUCACUUGCCACUUGAACUUAAUAUCAUAGAUGUUAUUUUGUUCCCUUUACACCCAUGAUAUGAAGUGAACAAAAUAAUAUCAUUACUUAACAAUACUAGUAUAUAUAGGUUUUGGCAUAUCUUAUUCUCAGUGGCAAGGGGGAUCACUGUCUAAGUAAGUUUCAUUUCUUUUUUUAAUAAGCAUGAUUGGGUUAUAUAUAUAUAUAUAUAUAUAUAUAUAUAUAUAUAUAUAUAUAUAUAUAUAUAUAUAUAUAUAUAUAUAUAUAUAUAUAUAUAUAUAUAUAUAUAUAUAAUGAUUCACUCUGUGACUGGCUCACAGUGAAAUUAAUCAUAGGCAUUCAGUAAGAGUUAUGUAAAAACCCAUAAAUACACUAAAAUUUAAUUAAGUCCUUACAGACAGUAAUUUAGACACUGAAUUUAUUCUGACUGAAUUUGAGUUUUUGAGGUUUGACUUUAGAGCUGAGGAAUUGAGUACAGAGUCCUGGGUCAAAAGGUGUGUGUAUGUGUGAAGGGAGCUUCUGUCCCUCCCUGGUCAUUGGGGCUGGUGAGUGACUAGGCUCUUGAGAUUAUAUUGCUUUCUUGUUCUUGCCGCUGCUGUUCAUGCUGACAUUGGCCUCUUCAUUCAGCUGUUGAAAAUUUCUCAGAAUCUAGUGCUUUCAUGUUUUUUUUUUUUUUUUAACUUAUAUUCCCUUAGCAUGACCAUUGUGUGAAUUGUCAGAGCAUUAUCUAAUUGCUCAUCUACACUAAAAUUUCUUUCUUGAAAAUCCUAUAUUUUCAUCUUGUAAUUCUUUGCUAAUUUUUCAGUCCUUGAUCAGGUUUCCACUUCAAGGUGAGAGGCAGGCUGCUGGUCCAAGGUCACUGUACAUCAUAGGUUACUCACUCUAUGUUUCAUGGCUUCUGUAGAGCUGAGUAUCAUUAGAACAGUCAUAUGCACUGUGUUUUUUAUGGUGCAUGGUUUAAAGUGCAACUGUGCACUGAAAUUUUUCUGGUUGUUUACCGUGUGCCAAAUAUUGUAACUUGUGCUGUUGUACUGCUGUGCUUAUGUGUGUUGUGCUCUUUACAAACUGCAAAUUACCACUUAAUGUUUCACCUGGUUAUAGGGGAAACACUUUUAAUUUUUAAAGUUUCUCAUGUUUCUUUUGAUUUGCUCCUAUUCACUGUAAGCUUUCCUUGGCACAUCUAUGAAAUAACUUCUUGCUUGUCAUACCUAGCAAUCUUGCUCAUCAAAGUGUUUGAAUGUUUUGCUUGGGGAAAAGCAAUUAAAAUAUUUGUACACUAGAUCUCAUUAAUGGACAGAUUAUUGUGUUUGAUCUCCAGUUGUGAUUUACUGGACUUAGAUGUACUUUGGUGUCAUGCAGUACUACUACAUAUAUUGUAUCUGACUUUUAGGGAAAUUAUCGGUGAAGAACAUCGAUCAGUGAAUUAAAUGUAGUGUUCUCAGUUGUCGUGUGGAGUAACUGCUGUAUUUUCUGUAUAAACAAUGACUAAGUAAUGGCUGCUGCCUGCUGAGCAUUGUUAACUUGUCUCAAGUAAUAUCAAAUAAUGAUGGCUCUCUUCAAUAAUGUGAUACUUAGGUCCUCUCUCUCUCUUUUUUUUUAUAUAGCUUUCAUGACCAUGGAGAAAUAGCUAUAAAAUUUAAUUAUGUAUGUUCUUAUCCUCAUACCCUUCAGCUUGACAUGGUUUCCAUUCUGUUCAAGACAAUGCAAAUAAGUUAAAGUAGCCAAAUUGUAGAUUUUUUUUUUUUUUCCUUCAAAUGCAGAGAAACAUUGCCUAAAUUCUGUGUACUCACAAAAGUACGAAAGUGGAUAAUUGUGGCAUCUCACUUCAGUCAUGCUUUUGUCUGUCAGUUUUCAACCUUUCUUAUCACACUCUUAACACAGGCAGACAUUAUCCUUCCUCAUUUAGUUUGCAUUUCUGAAAGAUGACUGUAAGAAUUGCUGCAGACAUAACUUUCAGAAAUAUGGUUUUUCAGUACAUACGUACACAUGCAUACACAUAUACAAGUGAAGGAACAUCUAUAGUGCAGGUGUGGUGGCGAGCAAAAUCUCUCCCAAGGCAAGUUGAGGCAAAUCGCAGUUUGCUCUGUUGUAAAAAGAGUAUUUCACUAAGUCUACAAGCACAAGUUAGGUCAGCUAUAUGUUUAAUUUAAUGAGUUUGUCAUUGCCUUUAGACCAUCACAAUAGAUGAUCUUCAAGAUAUUAUUAAAGAGUCUGGUGUAGCAUGCGAGUGGCGAUCAGUAUUGGUGUGUUCUCUAAUUAGUUUGUAUUUACUUGCAUGACUUGUGCUCUAUAUUACUGAACCUUGCUAAUGGAAAUGUUGGUUCCUUUGCACCAAAAGAAUGGAACAAGAAAGGUCUCAUUGUACAUAAAAUCACCACCAGCCUGGAAAAAAAAAAAAGUUGUUAAGGUAUUUUCAGAAACGAUGUCAAUCACAAAGCAACAUUUUCUGAAAGUAGAAUCAAACUUUGGUAGUGGGAGGAGCGAUGAGACUGCCUAAACCUUUCAGGUUGAGGGUCUUGUUGGGAUGGAAAUGUCUUGUCCCAGUACCAGAAACUAUGUAGCAGGGAUAAAAUAAGACAAAAUAACUACAUACUACUCGCUGUAAAAGUAUAUAUAGAUAUAUUCUACAGUUAUUUUAUCUCUGGUUUAUUUCCCCUAGAAUCACUUGUUUGUGUCUUCUCUUGUGUUGUAUCUGUACCCUCGUGACAUGCGACUGAAAUCAUAUUCAGUGGAUGUUUUAAUGCUUUCUGCUCUAAAAAUUCCCUGUUUACUGUUCUAAAAUAAAAACAAUAUACUUUA